UCAGCACUCACAUUCUGAGCACCACACUAACAAUACACGGGCCAUGGCGUUUCGGGUCGAGCGUUUGAAGUUAGGAAAGACAUUCCGGUAAUUCACGCAAAACUGUUGUUAAAAGUAACACCUGAGGAAUUUCCAACAUCUGGAGAUUAGCUGUGGUAUUGAAGUUGGCUUUGCUUCAAUAAUUCUAGAACCAUGUCAUUCAGUAAGGGGAAUGAAGGAGCAAAUGGUGGUCUCUCCAGUGCAGCCAUAAGCAUGGACAACUACGGGGCUACAGACGAAACCAACACGUUAACAAGCGAUUACUUGGAUGAAGAUGAAGAAGGCGUUCCCAUUGAGUUUGGUCCUCGUCUUGUCAAUGAUGAUCCAGGCACAUACUUCAAUGAUGGAAGAAGAAAGAUUGAUUUUGUGAUAGUCUAUGAGGAAGAGAAACUCUCUGAGAAACAACAGCAGAAGAAGGAGAGAGAAGAACGAGAAAGAGUUGAGAAGAAUUUACCACCAGGACCAGAAGAGGAUGAAGAUGCUCAGCAUCGUGAAUGGCGGAAAAAAUACAUCAGUAACCUGCUAAGAGCUGGUUUAGAGAUAGAAGAGGAUGUGGCUGAGGGCGAUACCAAGAUUAUUACAUAUUACAAAUUACAUGCACCAUGGACUGUAUUGGCUUUCUAUGCUGAAGAACUCAAUUUCAGGGCCCCAUUACAGCUUAAUACAGGACCAGCAGCAGAUAUACCAGGAGAAGAAGAUGCUCAUACCAAUCCAAGCUCCAACUGGUCUGCUCGCAUGCUAAGAAAACUAAGAAUACCCAAUAUCAUGAGCAAUACUGUACCAAACAAGCCUCUGGACUUCUUCACAUGUUCCUUCAAGAGAUCCAAGAUCAAAAAGUUUCUUGGCAGCGACAAUAAAGCUACAUUCUUCACCAAUUCUGACCGAACUCGUGUUGUAAAUGAGAUCCUACAGUCUAGUACAUACGGCAAACGUCGUCGUGCAGAGAUUGGUAUUGAUAGACUACUGGAGGAAGACAUCUUCCAGGCUGCUUAUCCUCUUCAUGAUGGUACAGAGGAGCUUCCAAAGGGUAACCUGGUCAGUGAUGAAGAUUUGAACAAACGGCAGAUUUUGAAUAAAUACUGGGCUCGCUGGGGUUGUUGGUAUAAGUAUCAACCUCUUGAUCACAUCAGAGAGUACUUUGGUGAGAAGAUUGGUAUCUACUUUGCUUGGCUUGGUUUCUACACUGGUUGGUUGUUACCUGCAUCAGUGGUUGGUUUGUUGGUUUUCCUGUAUGGAUUGGCUACCAUGGGAACCAAUGUCCCUGCUCAAGAGAUUUGUAACAGUGGUGGAGAGUUCAAGAUGUGCCCUCAAUGUGAUCCCGAUAUUGGUUGUCCUUACUGGAAUCUCUCAGAUACAUGUAUGCAAUCUGAAAUAGCAUAUCUCUUUGACAAUGCUGGCACCCUUUUCUUUGCUGUAUUCAUGUCAUUUUGGGCUGUGUCUUUUUUGGAGUAUUGGAAACGCAAACAAGCGAGUCUUGCUCAUCAUUGGGAUGUAAUGGACUUUGAAGAAGACGAGGAGAGACCACGCCCACAGUUUGCAGCUAAAGCUCCCAUGAUGGAGAAGAACCCAAUUACUGGCAUUAUGGAACCUUACUUCCCUGAAGAUAUCCGUAAGAAAAGAUGGCUGACUGGAGUAGGAAUUAUGUGUGGAAUGGUUGUAUUGGUUCUGAUCUUCAUGGUUGGUGUCAUCAUGUACCGUAUUCUGAUUGAUAUUCCGUUAUCACAGAAUGCAAUAUUGAAGAGUGAAUCUCAGUCUAUUGCUAGUAUGUCUAGUGCUGUGGUCAAUCUAAUCCUCAUCAUGGUCUUAGGGCAGGUCUAUCAGACGCUCGCUGGAAUCCUCAAUGAUUGGGAGAUGCAUCGUACCCAGACUGAGUAUGAGGACAAUCUCACCUUCAAGGUGUUCAUCUUCCAGUUCAUGAAUUUCUUCUCUUCUAUCUUCUACAUUGCGUUCUUCAAGGGCAAAUUCGUUGGUUACCCAGGUAACUAUACUAUGAUAUUUGGGUUGCGUAAUGAGGAAUGCAGCAAUGGAGGUUGCCUGGUGGAGUUAGCUCAGCAGCUUUUGGUCAUCAUGGUUGGUAAACAAAUCAUCAAUAACUGCCAAGAAGUAGCUAUCCCAAAACUGAAGCAGUUUAUUCUCCGCUGGAAGAUGCGUGGCUCCCUUGGUAACCGAGAAAGUAAACGAUGGGAAGCGGACUACCAGCUGGUGCCCAAUGAUGGGCUGUUUGAAGAAUACUUGGAGAUGGUGAUCCAGUUUGGUUUCAUCACAGUGUUUGUGGCUGCUUUCCCUUUGGCUCCUCUCUUUGCUUUACUCAAUAAUUGGAUUGAGAUACGUCUGGAUGGAUCUAAGUAUGUGAGUGAAGUACGUCGUUCUGUCGCUGAUAGAGCUCAAGAUAUCGGCAUUUGGUACGACAUCCUGGAGUUUAUUGCUAAUCUAGCCGUUAUGAGUAAUGCAUUUUUGAUUGCAUUCACUUCUGAGUUUUUGUCUCGUGUGAUGUAUCAAUACAAAUAUGACUUCCAUUUGCAUGGCUAUACAAACUUCACCUUGUCAUAUGCACCAAACGGCACCACCUCGGAACCAUGCAGAUACAAGGAUUUCCGUGACGAUGAGGGUAAUCAUACCAAAGUCUACUACCAACUACUGGCUAUUAAAUUAGCAUUUGUCAUCCUAUUUGAGCAUUUUGUUUUUGGUAUUGGUCGAUUCAUUGAUUUUGCUGUACCCGAUGUACCUGAAAGCCUAGAGGUGAAGAUUAAGAGAGAAAGCUACCUGGCUAAACAAGCUCUACAAGAAAUACAGGCUGAUAAACUCUGACAACACACACUGACUAUAGGUAUAACUGUGUACACAACUAACCCAAUUAGCAAACCCUUGAGGGCGCUGUUGAAUUGAUCACUGACUCUGAUUUCAUUUCAAGUAAUGCUGUAAGGACCAAAGGAUGACUGAUGGAUAAAGAACUCUACUCUUCUAAGAUGCAUGACAAACAUUGAUGUAUUCAUUAAUUAGGCUUUAAGGCUACUCCAAUUUGGGUAGAUUUAUUGUCAUUUGGAAAGGCUAGUAUCUCCAGUAGUUUCCAUUCACAUAACAUGUAAAUAUUUCAAUUGUCAUUUGGAAUAGCAAGUAUCUUCUAUAGUAGAGAGGUUUUGCAAGUCUACUGAUACACAUACAGAUACCGAUACGUCGACACUUUGUGUGUUCACGUGACACGUAUCUGCGUCUAUUGUAUUUUGCACACACAACAGCAACGGAUACAGGAGGGUGUCUAUCGGUCAUGCUUGACGGAAAACACUUAUGAUGAACGUGAGCGCUUCAAGUAACACAUAUUUUGCGAAACAAAAUCCAACACGUGGCUGACAUGAACGAACAUCAUAUCUGUAUCUGUAUCCUCCGUUUGGGAAACCUCUCUAAUUUCUCUGAUAACUAUUUGGAUACAAAUCCUGAAUGGGAUAGUUUGGUUGUAAGAGACACUGAGCUUAUCUUUUAGAUGUUCACAAUUUAUAUUGCUUUGAAAUUUGUCUCUGUCAAAUUGAUUUAGACCAAUAUUUUGAAGCUGUGGAGAAUAAAAAUCGUGUAAAUUUGAAUAAUAUAUGCAAAGUGUACCCUUAGUGUGAAUUGACAGCAUUUGCAAUUAAAUAAAUGAAUGGAACUAAUUAUUUAGAUCUCAGGAUUUGGUUGUAGAUUGUAAUCAUAACACCAAGAUGUCAAAUCUUAUUUCAAAUCAUCAUUUGAUUAUAAGUCAAAAGAGAUAUGUGGUUUGCCUGUGAUUGAGAGUCGGAUGGAAUUAUGUUAUUUCUAUUUGUUGGCUUUUUGUUUACCAUUCUUUUAUGUUGUGGUUUAUUAUUGAGGUUUACUAUUUGAUAUGUUAUACUUUAGACACAAGGUCUUUCAAGGUUUGUGACUGACAUGUUUUCUUAUUAACACUCAAAAGUUUUUAUGAUACUUGGUUUGCCACAAAAACUCUCUAAAGUCUCCAUUCCCCAUAUUAAUAAGUGACUCCACAAAAAAACACUGUUAUUCUAAUUUCAUAAUCUUGGUAUUAUAUUUGACUCUAAUUCCAAGACAAUUUGUUUGCAUAUUUCUGGUAUUGCUUGUUCUAUGACUUCACAACCGUAAUACAUGUAUAGGCAAAGUUAGGAAAUAUUUGAUAGAAAAUAUUUGAGACUCAUCUUUUCAAUCAAGUUUUUGAAUAAUUGGUUUGUUUUAACCCACGCCCCUCGAUGUGUUUUUUACAUUUUAUUUUGUAUUUAUUUCUUUACCACUUUGUAUUGUAUUCUGGACUUCUUCUUAACUUUCUUCUUACAUUUCAGGUAAGGCUGAUGUUACAUAAAACCAUGACAAGUUUAUGUUGGAUUUGAUAAAUUAUUUUCUGUACUAACUAAAGACAAGGUAAAAGAUACAUGUAGAAGUUUGUAUUUACAUGUUCAUGGAUUUACUAAUGUAUAAUGUGUAAUAUAUGUUUUAUUUAUUAUGAACCAUAUGCAUAGAUCCUUGUCAUUUGAUUGGUGGAACAUGCAUCAAGCGCCAUCCUAUAUUUUCUGUAGGAGUUCUAUAUGGAUAGUUGUAGGACAUUUCUGAUGUAAACAAUCUGCUCUUUUGUCCAAAAGGUCAAAACCAGGCAAGUUUUGCACAAUGGCUGACAUUGUUGGCAUGUACAUUUUGUUUUAUAGAGUUUUCAAAGUGUGGAAUGGACGACUUCAUGGUUUUUUUUUUGGUGUUUUUUGUGACUUUUUCUUCUUCAAAUGACAAGGGUUUAUGCAUGAGUUAGGGCCUAUAUCAACAAUUAUUGAAUGCAUGUUAGCAUUGUCACUGAAUAUAAUCACCUGGUGAAAUCUUGCUUUUCAUUUUCACUUGACUAGUCGUUUCACCUCAUGAUUAUAUUCUGCCAAAAUGCACUCAUAUUGCAUGCAAUAUUUGUAUACUAUUUAGUAUAAUGUAUCAAGGUAUACUAAUUAUUGGAGAUUUGCAUUGUUUUGUGUUGAAGGUGUUACCAAUACUUGAUGUCACAUUAGCAAAUGUAUUUAAAGAAAUGUUUAUUGUGGGAGAAGAGUGUAGACAAGUUUCUUAAGGUGUAGGGUUUGCAUGUUAUUUAUAUACAACAAAUAUUUAUCUAUAAUUAUUGGAUUUACUGAUCAAAAAUGUUUGCUUGAAAAUAUUAUUGGUAAAAUCUUCCACUUCAUAAAAGAUUGUUUCAGUAUUUAGAUAAUGACAACAAUAAAUGUCAGUGAUUGCAUUACAAGUUUGAUUAGCAAGGUAAUGUUGUUCGGCAUACAUGUAGCUACCAGUACUUACCCGUGUUUCCAUUGCAAGCUUCAUAGGGAUCCAUAUAGAACUAAGAUGUAUACAACAUUUCACAUGAUUGUAGAAACUUAGUUCCAAGUUUGGAGUAUGUUUGGGUUCUAUAUAGAUAUUUAAAUCUCUAUUUCUAUACUUGACAUCAUGGAGAUAUGAAAUCUGCAUGUAAACUGCACGUAGGUUUGAUUGUAUGAGAGGUGUACAUGCAGUGUACAUGAUACUUGGGUCCAUUCCUUUUUUUCAACUUUUAACAUGUUAGACGCAUCCAUAUCUUGUUUUGACACAUGGUACACUAUGUAUGGGAUUGACAGUGCGAUAGGAUGAGUGGUGGAUAUUGGAGGCCUACCUGUAUUUUGCAUGACAUAAUAAUCCUAGAGGUAGGACACUGAUGCUGGGAUGAAGAAUUGCCUAGACCAAUAUUGCGAUUGAGAAGUGCAAAAGUACCGACAAUACCUUGCAGGAAUGUGUGGCUGUUGAAAUGACUCAAUAAGCGUACAGUACUUAAAGCCCGGUUCAUACUUUACUGCGAAUGCGAAUGCCCAACCAAUUUGAGGUGACAACUCUCAGUGAGUUACCCAGAGUUUAAAGGCUGCAAUUUAUUCUUGUGACGCCAUUAUUUGCUUUGCAUUCACAGGAGGUAUGAACCAGGCUUUAGUCACCUCGUGAGACCUCAUCAGAAAGCAAUGUAUGGGUCAGGUAGAAUACCUUCUUUUGAUGUUUCAGGCAGAAUACUUCACCGUCUUUUUGUACACAUUUUUUGGCAUAUUUUUACUAACUUCUUAUCUUUUUACAUAAAUAGCUUGUGGAGUUUGUAUAAUAUUGAAUAAUAGUAAUAUUGAAACCUUAUAUAGCGCAUACAGCAGCCACAGCCAGGAACACCGGGGCGAACCCCUUCUUUUUUUGAUAAGUGCACUGGGUUCUUUUACAUGCGUUACACAACACAUGGGAGCAACGGCUGUAUGUGGUUGAGUAACUCCCAUUAAAAUGUGUUGAUAAUAACAAGUUGUUAAAACUUGUCUACCUUUAGAUGUACGGUAUGUCCAUGGAGUAGGAAAUAGAUAAAGGUACAUGGUGUUUCUUUGUCUGUAAUAAUCAAUCCUUGUAUUGAUGCAUCAUACUUUGAUAAAAAUCUCCUCUUGAAGUAAAAUUAUGUCCUCAAGUUCAUUUGGUGCGUUCGAUCAGCUUCCCCAUGUUGACCCUGCGGUGCUCAUUCGGGUGAGCCCCUGACAAGAGCUUUUUAAAUGAUCACACUCGCCCUCUGGUGACGCC